AAAGGAAAAGAGAAGACAAAACACUACACGUACCUAAGGCCUUCAGCCUUUCAGCUCAACAUUUCGUCAGCUGAUGGGGUUUGUUUACACACAACCGGCGGUGGGUCCACGCACCUCCAUGUGCCUAUGGACUGUCUGUGAUUCUGCUGUAGUUCUUGGAGCAUGAUGUUCCUCCCCUUCAAACACACUACGGCAACACACACUCUCCUGCAGAAAGAUAUUUUUGUUGCAGUGUUGCAACCUGUUCGUCUGAGUCAUCCUGUUCGAGGAAUCAAAAAAGCAAAAUUUCAGAGGGUUUUGGACCCACAGCAUACUGAUGAUCUGCCUGAAUUUGAGUAUGUUGGUAAAAGCUCCCGUCCAGACACCCUUGUGUUCACCUGGGGAGUUGCUGACCAUGGUGGUCUCGGUCGACCCUCUUUUGUCCGACCAGACACAUCCAAGAAGCAGACACGUAUGUCUUACAUGCACCACCCACACAGAGCAGAAUUCGGGGAGAAUCAUAAGGUUGUAGAUCUAGCCUGUGGUUAUGGCUUUACAGUAUUUGCUGUUAAAGAUAAAUCAGGACCUUCAUGUUAUGGUACUGGCCUCAAUACUGACUCACAGAUCGGAAUGCAUGAGCCUAGAAGUGGACAUCCCCUUGGAAUGUUGAUUAGUCCAGCACCGAUUGAACUUCCAGUACAGGAACCUGACAGAGUUGUUAAGGUUGCAUCUGGAAGAGCACACACUGUGAUGUUGACAAACAAUGGCAGUGUGUGGACAGUUGGUAACAAUGCUUAUGGACAGUGUGGGCGUCCUGUCAUACCAGAUGAAGACUACACUAGACAGGCUGUGUAUCAUCGACUCAAAGCUCUAGAUGGCAUCAGUGUGAAGCAGGUGGAAUGUGGCCAAGACACCAGCUUUUUCCUGAGUGAAGAAGGAGCAGUGUACUCAUGUGGCUGGGGAGCAGAUGGCCAGACUGGAAGAGGUCACUACAACAAUGAGCCAGCUGUGGGUGCAGUGAUUGGAGACAUUGUGGGAGAGAAGAUAGUGAAGGUGUCUUGUAGAGCAGACUGUGCCUUGGCCCUUAAUGAUAACGGUGAUGUGUUUGGCUGGGGUAAUUCAGAAUACCAUCAGUUAAACUCAGUCACUGAUGAAAUGCAGCUUCAUACAUCCAGAAAACUUAGUUUUUCUGGUUUGAAGAAAAUAGUUGACAUAGCAUCAGCAGGAACCAUGUGCUUGUUACUUGAUGGGUGGCCAUGGACCACUGAGUGCACACUUGGUGAUUUGAAUUCAAAUUUGGCAGUUCCCUGGCGACCACACGACAAACCACACGGCUCUUCGGUGACGUCAGACCUCUCUCUAAACCCAUCAGAACCCAGUAGGAGGGACAAGUGUACAGUUGGGGCUUUGGUCCUAUCGGAAAGGGCCCUAAUGUUACUUAUUCAAAAUUGCCUACUCCCAUUCCAUCAACACUAUUUGGACAAAAUGAAAUCACUCCUGAUGCUAAGGUGACAAGUGUGACAUGUGGCAUCAACCAGUUUGCUGUAAUAAACAGUCAGGGUUCCUUGUUCACAUGGGGCAAGAAUCCUGGUGGAUGUUUAGGGCAGCGCCACAAAAAGGACCAAUAUUUCCCCUUGCAUGU